AUGGAGAAGGAAAACCGGUUUAAAUUGUUCAUGCCGCCGCGCCUGGGCGGUGGGCAGGUGCCUGCGGGCAGAUCCCAGGUGAGCGGUUUUAACAAAUGCUCAGAUGGUGAUUUUAAGCUGCCAUUCGAUGUGUCAAACCGUGGUGAAAUCACUGAUUCAGAUACAAUUUCUCAGCAAGUAAAACUUUGCUCUGAAGUAGAUGAAGAGAAUACAGAAACAAUGAAUGAAUUGUUCUCAAAACUCUACAAAGAGGCUGAGAAGAUUAAGCAGUGGAAACUGACUGUGGAAUCAGAACUAAACCAGAAAGAAAGAAAACUCCAAGAAGUUAGAAAGAUUGUUGAAGCACAGAAUAAAGCCAUUCAAGAACUGCAGUUUGAAAAUGAAAAACUCCACUUGAAACUGGAAGAUGAGAUAUGUGAAAAUAAAGAUCUCUUGAAAGAAGCUGCUGCUUCAAGGCAUCUGUGUAAUCUGCUCAAGGAAACCUGCACUCACUUCACAGAGAAGACCAGCAAAUAUGAACAGGAAAAAGAAGAAACAAUCCAAUUGUAUGAGGAACUUCAAAGCAACAUAGAAAGAAUGACAGUGGCAUUUGAAGAUCUUCGUGUGCAAUCAGAGAACGACAGAUUGGAAAUGAGUUUCAAACUAAAAGAAGAAGCAGAAAAAGUGGACAAGUUUGAAAAAGAAUACAAACUGGAAGUCAGUCAAAAGGAAAAGCAGAUUUCAGCUCUUACCAUGCAGAGAGAUGAAAAAGAGGAUGUAAUAAAAGACAUCAAGGCUCAGCUGCAGACGUCACAAAAUAAGAUUGCUGACUUAAUAGAAGCAAAAUUACAUAGUGAAGAAAUGUUAAAGGAAUCCCAGGUCAGUAAAGAACAUUUGAGGGCAGAGCUGGAAGAGGCUAAAAUUUCAUUGCAAAAGGCAGAGGUUACUCAAAAGACCUUAGAAACCGAAUUCCAGACUACAGUGAAAACAUUAAUUCAGGUUACCAGAGAAAAGGAAGAACAGGAGGAAGAAUGUAAAAAAAUGAAGGCUUUGUUUGCAGCCGUGACAGAGGAGUUUGAGACUUCUAAUGCCAAUUUGAAAAGCUCGCUGCAAGAAGAGCAAAAUAGACUAAAGAAAUCUGAAGAUGAUUCAAAGCUGCUUGCCUUGGAGCUCCAAAAUAAAUCUGCUGAACUGGAAGAGAUAACUAAAGUAAAAUGUGAUCAAGAACUGCAACUUGAAGAGCUGUCAGCAACUCUGGUAAAUGUUCAUUUUAUUAUUUUACUGAAGAAGGAUCUUGAAGCUACUGUAGAAAACUUGCAGAGAGAAAAAAAAUUGGAGAGACAAGAAAAUGCUCUCCAAAUGAGAGAGAAAGAAAACCAUGAUUUGAAAGCACAGCUUACUAGUACAACUGAAAAGGAACAAGAUUAUUUAAAACAGCUUGUGACUCUGAAAACAGAUCUUGAACAAGAGGCGUUAAAGAAUGAACAACUAACAGUGUAUCUCAAUAAGCUUUCACUACAGCAAGAACAAACAGAGCAAGAGAAAAAUGCUGUGGCUGCAGAACUCAAGAAACUGCAAGAACAACAAGAGGAUAGUAAGAAAAAAGAAGAAAAUACAAAGCAGUUAGUUGGGAACCUAGAAGAAGCAAAUAGCCAGCUAAGAAAUGAAGUGGAGUCUUUGAAGGAGAAAAUGGCAAAGACAGGUGAAGAGAUUAAAAGUACACUGGAUGAAAAAGAAGAAAACGUUAAGAGUACUGAAAAUGAAAUUUCAAGAAAGGAAAAGCCGUUGAAGAUUCUAGAAAAUAAGAUGAAUAAUUUAAAGAAACAGGUGGAAAAUAAAACCAAAUACAUUGAAGAGUUGGAGCAGGAGAAUAAGAUGCUGAAAAAGAAAAUGGCUGCAGAAAGCAAGAAAACCAAUACUUAUGAAGGGAAGGUGAAUAAAUUGCAGUUAGAGAUGGAAAAUAUGAACAAGCAACAUAAAGAAGCAGUUGACAUCUAUCAAAAAGACAUAGAAACAAGAAAAGUAAAUGAAAAUAAACUUCGUGAAGAGAUAGAAAAGAUGAGGUUGAUUUGUGAUGAAACAGCAAUGAUACAGAGAGAAACUGAUAUCCGAUGUCAGCAUAAGAUAACUGAAAUGAUGGCACUUAUGGAAAAGCACAAGAAUGAAUAUGAUAAAAUGGUUGAAGAAAAAGAUGCAGAGUUAAAAGUAUAUAAAAUGAAAUACCAAAAGCAGUUAUCAUCAGAAAGAGCAAUGGAAAACGAGCUGUCAUGCUUGAAAAGUGAACUGUCAUCCCUUAAGGAACAACUGAAAGCAGGAACUGAGGAAAAGGAGAAUCCUGUAAAAGAGCACUCUCGCAGCAUGAUUCCUGAAAGUGAAAAGAAAUACAAGACAUAUAUUAUAAAGACUCCUCCAACAGAUAAAAUGCAAAGUGGAAGAAGCACAAACCUGCCUUCAGAGCAGAGCACAAGGAAAAAGCAGAAAGUGCUUCUCCCGCUGGAUACUCAGUCAGACAGCUCUGAGCACACUGACCUCCUGAGCAUAGUCUCGGAAGAAGAAAUUUUUAAAAAUUUGUACAAAGAUUAUCCACAAGCUUCAGAGUUACAUUCCACGGCACCCAGAAAGACACCAGCUCCAUCCAGUGUGAAAUCUCCAGGCUCUGCACUGAAACUCAAAACCAUGAGGAGAAUGCGCGAGGCAGGGUGGACUGCAGUUUCCAAAAUGGACAGGAAAAGAAAAAUUAAAGAAGUUGUGAAGUUCUUUGCUUAA